AAUACAAAAGAUCUAGGAGCCCUUCAGAGACACCUGGUCCCUUGUACACAGGUGCAAUCUGUUUGGCUUCUGAGGCAAUUUCCACUAGUCCAUUUUAAAUGGGUUUGGCAGAUGAGAUAACAUGUACUUCAUGUGAAAGAAAUGUUAUGAAUACCAGUUUAUGGUUUAGGAUCUCUAACAUGCAGAAAGAACCAGGAAAGUGAAGUAGUAUAGAAAUUAAGAGAAAUCCAGAGUCAAAUGAAGAGGUUAAUGUUCUUUAAAAAAAAAAAAAAAAGGAACAGGUUAGGUGAUUACUUAACUGCUGUGAGGGCAGCUAAAUAAUUUGAAUGUGAUUAGAGAAAGUCAGUGACAGCCUCAGGACCUAAGGUCCUCAAGAAUAUGUCGAUCUCUACUUCAAGACCUCAAAUUACUCUGCCAGCUUUUUCUUACAACGUCUAUUCCUUCAUCUUACCGUUCUCAAUUCUACUGACCUUUACUUCUAGCUCCCCAGAUGGUGGCCCUUGAUCUCCUCACUGUGGGAACCGACUCUUCCAAACGCAGGGCGUCAGUGUUUUGUCCACCUCCCACUGCCCUCUCUCAACAAGGUCAUCUCAGCUUCACCCUUUGACUCUCUGCUCGUGUCCAAUGUGGCAGUGCUUGAUGUUGGUUACUACUGUGAGCCAUUUCUAAAACACUAUCACCAGGUUCCAGGAAAUACAGGAUUUAUAUGGCUCACGGGCUAACUGGCCCCUUGUAAUCCCCUUUAAUCAACUACUUGAGCCCUCCUGUGUUCCCACAAAGUAGUUGUUCCCAAUUUGCUGCACUCACUCCCCUGAUCUGCCCACAACCCUAGAUGUAUCUCCUCAGGCUAGGCAGCAACCCCACCUUCCAAACUCCAAAACUCAUUUCAUCUGGCAUUAGGAACAGAUGCCUCACUUCUUAAGGUAACCCCUCUCAUCUAAGGGAGAGGAUUCCAUCCCAACUCUUCAAAUUUCUAUAUCCAACACCCCCACCACCAGGAUGGUGGUGAGGAUGGGGCAAUUUGACCUUCCUCAGCCCUUGACAUGUCCUAGUGUUUCUCAAGAUGUGGUCUCCAGACCACCUGCCUCUCAUGGGCUGAAAGUCCCUGUAAGAAAUGAAGCUUCUCUAAAUGCAAUGUGGAAUCCUAGAACAGAUAAAGAACAUCAGUGGAAAAUCUGGUGAAAUCCAAAUGAAGUCUGGAGUUAACAGUAGUGCGUUAAUGUUGACUUCUUAGUUUAACAAAUGUGCUAUGAUAAUAUGUUAAUAUUAGGGCAAAAUGGAUAUAUCUUUGCAACUUUUCUGUAAACCUAAAAUAAUUCUAAAAGUUUACUAAAACAGAACAAAAAGACCUAAUUCUUGGAUCCCAAAUUAAUCUCAAUUCCUGGAGCUGAAGCCUGGGAAUCUACAUUUCUAAUAGGAACCCCAAAUGAUUCUUAUGCAGACACAAAUUUGAAAACUAGUCUUUCAAUUCCCUUUCCAUUCCAUGCCUGAAUGGCUGCUUCCUCCUUGUUUUACUUACCUUAACCUGAUUGAAUCUUUUAGAUCCUCUCAACCCUAAACUAUAAGUACUAUCAUUAUCCCCCUUUCACAGAUGAGAAAGUACUAAGAUGCAGUACACAAAUGAAGUACUAAGAGCUUAAGUAAUUUGUUCAGGAUCAACAGCCCAUGAAUGAUGGAGCUGGGAGUUGAAUCCCUAAUCAGUCUAGCUCCCAAAUCUAUGCACAGAACCAUUCUACUUCCUCUCAUUCUGUUGCACGUAAGAGCUCUGUAACUAAAUCACUAAAAGAAGCAUUAUUACCUAUUUCUCCAACUUCCUAAGUCCAACAGUGCCCCCCUUUUCCACUGGGGGGAAUGAACAAUGAGAAAGCAUUGGGAAGACGUGCCCACUAGAGACCUGUACGGGUCAGGCACAGCGGCUCUUGCACCAGGAUCCAGCUCAACCGCUGUAUUUUCUGUUCUCCCAAAUGCCCUAACAUGUACCAAUCUAAUAAUGCUCAUAGUACUCACUUUGAUGCUAAAUUAAUUAUCUCAGGUUUACUAAGCAUCUGUCCAGAUUGUCAGGGAAGUGCCAACUCUAAAUCAAUUUACAGUUGGCCCUCCGUAUCCACAGGUUCUGCAUCAGUGGAUUCAACCAACCGUGGACUGAAAAUAUUUAGGGAAAAAAAUUUCAGAAAGUUACAGAAAGCAAAACUUGAAUUUGCUGCACACCACCAACCAUUUGCAUUAUAUUUACAACUACUUACUUAGGAUUUGUACUUGGUGUUAUAAGUAAUCUAGACAUGACUUAAAGUAUAAAGGAGGGUGCGGGGGAAGAUGGGAGGAUUGUGCGUAGGUUAUAUGUAAAUACUGCACCGUUUUAUAUAAGGGACUUGAGCAUCCAUGGAUUUUGGUAUGGGGUGGCACGGGGGGGAGGGAGACGACUGGAACCAAUUACCCACAAAUACAGAGGGAGAACCAUAUAUCCUCUUAUCUUAUCUGGGUUCCCUGACUUGUAUUUAGACCUUAAUACAAAGUUGUGGAUCUAACUGCUGAAUGAUGAAGUUUUGGGAGUUUCUGACUGCAAACCAGACACACACAACAACAGCAACACUUCUAUCCAAAUUGCUUCAGUACAGAGUAUAGAUGGAGGGUUGAUAAAAUAGAACACAAUCUCAGGUAAUGUCUCUGUUCUUAUGUGUAUUUUCCUUCAUUUCUUCAAGUGAAUCAUGAAACAAUCACAGGAUCAGCAGGAGAAACCUAUGAAGUAUAUUCAGGUUGCCUGGCGCCCGAACAGGGACCUGAGUACGUGAGGCAUUUCGGAAGAUUUCAGGGAGGCAGACUCUCCGCGGUGGCUCCCGGAGCGCUUGGUUCGACAUUAUCAUGCCGUCACCAAUAAACACCCUGACUCGAAGAAUGCGUGGCCUGAGGCUCUCGCAAUCGACCACAGCACACCCCAACCGGUUCCCCCGGCGGACGAGAAGAAUGCGGCGAGGAGUAGGAGACAACUUGUCAGGGAGGCGAGGGGAGAUCGAAAUCAAAUUACUUGACUGUUUCUAGACGAGAAGAUUUAUCCACCUUUGUAUUUUGGUAUAAGGAUAACGUUCCCAUUCACAUGAAUGCUAGAGUAACUAAGCUUGCUUCUAAUACUUCGUUGGAUCAUUCUCUAUGCAUAUAUCGCUUGAGGAUUGAAGAUACUGGACAUUAUUUGUGUAUUGAAACUACCAUAGGUAAUCAAGGGACUUUAUUAGCUGGACAUCAAAUUACGGUCGUAAAGACUGUCAUAGGACUACAAUUUCCUGCUUUUAUGGCUUCUGAAUUCCCGCAGUUUGAUUUUCCUGUUUGUAAUGAUACAUGGACCACAGCCUCUGUCUGGUGGACUUUAGAUUAUGAUAAUGGCACCAUACUAGUUUCUUCUGUCCCCGUUAAUAAUAACAGCCUUGUUUUUUACAAGCAAUGGGAAUUCUGGAAACUUGCCUUAUCCUUUUCUUAUAGACCGGUGAUUACUUGCGUCGCUCCUCCUUAUGCUUUAUUGAUUGGAGAUUUAAUUAUAGAAAACACUAUGAAUCCUAUAGGUUAUAAUAUUACUUGUGUUAAUUGUAUCUUUAGUAGUUGUGUUUUGCCCGUUAAAGGAUCUGCAUCUGUUAUGAUUAUGAAGCAACCUUCUUAUAUAAUGUUACCUGUUAAUUUGUCUGAACCAUGGUAUCAUAACACUGGCAUGCAAGCCUGGCUGGAAUUGACUGAAGCAUUAAAACGACCAAAGAGAUUUAUAGGUGUUCUAAUAUGUGCAAUCCUAGCCUUAGCAGCUUUAACUGCUACUGCGGCCACUGCUGGGAUUGCUCUUUCACAAACUAUUCACCAGGCUCAUUAUGUUAAUCAGUUAUCUAAAAAUACUAGUGUAGCAUUAGCCCUACAAAGUCAUAUUGAUACCCAACUAAAAACGGAAGUAGAUGAAUUAAAAAAUGUUCUAAUAGGAAUAGGGGAUCAAGUUAUGGCUUUAAAAUUAAAAAUGCGUUUGAUUUGUCAUGCCAAAUAUACCUGGAUUUGUGUAACUCAGCAUUUAUAUAAUGAUUCACAAUGGGAUUGGGAAAAAGUAAAAAUGCAUAUAUUAAGUGUAUGGACUGAUGGACACAUUAGCCUUGAUAUUCAGAAGUUAAAUGCCGAAAUACAAGCUAUUCAAGAGGGCCACCUGGACGAAGAUGGACCCCAGAAUUUGAUUCAAGGAUUAUUAGAUCAACUACAAGGGCUAAAUCCGAUACAAUGGAUUCAUGGAGGGCUCUCAGGCCUGAUAUCAAUUGGUGUACUACUUUUAUUGGUGAUCGGUUUAUUACCUUGUGUUGUUAGAUUUGUAAUGGGGCGCUUCGCUGUCUUGCGUCAGGAUGUUCAUGGCUUAAAACUACAUUAUCAAGCUUUAAAAAAUAAUAAAAAAGGGGGAAAUGUGGUGGCCCCCAAGCUGUAAGCUUAUUCAGCUUUCUGCUUUCCGGAGAACUGCUUGUCUCUUUCUUGGUAUGCACUCCUGACGCUGCGGUAUUGAG